UGGACCGCCCUUUUGGGGGGCCAUUAAGUGCCGCGGAGAACCAGGUGCUCCACAUUCGAGCCGCACGCCAGCCGACUGCCAACGAUCGACCGCGUCGCCGACUUAUGUAUCUAUAUCCCGCGAUCGUGAAUAGCCGCUGGCGACACCGUUAGCCGAUAAUUCAGUAAGCCGCACACGCUCGUGCGAGGCACUUGGAUAGCUCGCUUCCCAGCCCACCUCUUGUACCUUCACCCGGCCUCCGACUCAAAUCUAAUCGCAGUGAAAGUGGAUUUCCGAUUAGGAGUGGAGCGAUAGGAACCCAGCACUGCUCCCUUCGUUCGGCAGUGUACUUCAGCGUUCAGUCUUUCCUCAGUUUCGGUUGCGAGCGAGUGGGAAAACUAGCUGGCAGCAUGGGCAUCAAGGUCAAGGAGACCACUCCCCAGCAAAUCGAGGAGCUGCGCGGGAGGUUCAACAGCAAGUACGCCUCGUCGCCCCCAGCAGCACCCUUCCACCCCACCGAUAUCGAUCGCAUUCGCAACGAUCAUCUCUGGCUGCAGCGGUUCCUGGAAAUGCAUGACCACGACAUGGAGGCGUCCUUCAGCAAGCUGUGGGAUACCUGUGUCUGGCGCCAGUCCUACGGGGCCAAUGAUCUCGAGCCCAGCCAGCUGAACCAGGAGUACCUGAACGAGGGAUCGGUGUUCGUGCACAGCAGCGAUGUGGAUGGAAAGCCCCUGUUGAUAUUCCGCGUUAAGCUGCACAGCAAGUCCAAGAACCUGGACGAGCUGAUCCGCAUCGUGGUGUACUGGGUGGAGAGGACCCAGAGGCAGCAGCACCUGACCCAGCUGACCAUAUUCUUCGACAUGGCUGGCACGGGACUGGCCACCAUGGAUCUGGACUUCGUCAAGCGCAUUGUGGAGACAUUCAAGCAGUACUAUCCCAACACCCUGAACUACAUUCUGGUAUACGAGCUGGCCUGGGUGCUGAAUGCCGCCUUUAAGGUCAUCAAGGCCCUGCUGCCGCCAAAAGCGGUCGAGAUUCUGAAAAUGAUAUCGAAAAAGGACAUUGGCCAGUACAUUACCAAGGACAACUGCCUGGCCAGCUGGGGUGGCGAGGACAACUACGAAUUCAGCUUCGUGCCGGAGGCCAAACAGGUUACAUCCAAGCCACUGGCUGCCAAUGCCGGCGAUGAUGAGCAGUUCGCGGAUGUGGACAAGAAGGUCACCUUUGCCAAUACCGCUCCCAUGGUGCUCAAGGAGUCCAACAUCAACGAGAUGCACACUCCGUCCGAGGGCAUGUUGCAUAUUAACCCCAAGGAGUUUGUCAACUUCAACUCCAAGAAUGCGGAGGCCACGCUGAACCUCAAGUCGAUAGCCACCUCGGCCGUGACGUACAAGAUCCAGACCACAUCGCCGGAGAAGUUCCGUGUGCGACCGCGUUGCGGCAUCAUCCAACCCAACCAGGAGGCCGCCAUCAGCAUAUGGCUGAAGUCGGAGCACCAGCUGAGUGGCGAGAGCAAGGACAAGUUCCUGGUGAUGGCCAUGCUAGCGCCGGGCGGCGAGUGUGGCGGCUCCGACGUGGCCGAGCUGUGGCGGAACAAAUCCCCCUCGGCGGUGGACGUGGAACAGCAUCGGUUGGUCUGCCGCUUCGAUGAGAACAAACCCAAAGCGCAACCGGAUUGCGCAGCCAAGGCCAGCAAGGCCAGUGUGGACUGCAAGAAGCCCGCUGUUGGACACGAUCCGGCCUCGGCGAUGGAGCGCCAGUUGGCGUUCACCCAGAAUCUGCAAUACGUGACGCUGGCGCUGCUAUUGCUGCUGUUCGCGGGCUUCGGAUUUCUGAUGUACCAGCAGCUGGGACACCACGCCUCUACCUGUCCCAAGGCGACGGCGUACUCGUGCGCCAAGCGCAAAUAAUAUUUACUUUCACCGUGUAACCUGACCAGGCAGGAGCUGAACGAUGCCGCUAGCAAAGGCCACAAUAAUAACGAACACGACUGCGACUGCCCAGAGCUGGAGAACUGCGCUUGUGCUUUUGAUUUGAUGGAUUUGGGUCUGGAUUGCGCCGAGACGAUGGACCAAUUCGAUGGCGAGUGCCUUGAAGCACUGAUCCAGACGCAUCUGCAGCUGUGCCGCAGCUGUCAAGGCAUCGGCGAUCGGCAGCUGGGCGGUGUUGCUGCUGGCGGCCAUUUGCUGGCUCUCAUCGCCUUCGCAAGGAAGCUGGUGCGCGUCGUCCUUUCGCUAUCGCUGCUGUGCGGCAUCUUGUUCGUGAGCUUCUACCUGGGCAGCAACUACGGCGGAAACUCCACCACCACCACCACCUCUACCAUCACCACCUCCCUAGCCACAGUCGACUCAGGCAGAGGCCAUCGUCAGCCGUGUUACUACUCGUAGUCAAGCCAAAACCCACACCUAUAUAAGCCAGGGUGGUUCGAUUUGUUCACCAGAAAUUGCAAUUUAUACCAUUCUGUAUGUCAAUGCUCCAUUUCGACCCUUGCCAGGUAUUUACAAUGCAAGUAGGGAAAUAUUAAAUCUUUUAUACCUACUUCAAAGGCUUGCUUGAAAUUGGUCUGGUUUUUCUUUCCAAGAGGACGAUCGGCCGAACUUCGAAUUAAAUCUAGUUUCUUGAAAUUGUUAGCAUACCCUUGCAUUUGAAGGUACUUCCAUUUUGUGUUCCUACGAAUCGAGCCACCCUUAAUAUAAAAAUAUUUAUAUACACAUCUUUAGAUCUACAUAUGUCAAGAGUAACAAUUUCGUGUUUCCUGAUAUUCGAGUUCGAAGUAAAUGGUAUCCGUGCUUACUGCCCA